AUGGCAAAAAGAAGCAGAAAAGAUUCUAAAGGAGGUAUCGUUAAGAGAUAUAAAGUUGUCAAAAGCACUCUAGAUCCUAACACUUCAGGAAUCUACAUAACGUGUGCAAGAAACAAAGAGAAGGCCGCUGCCUCUGAAAUUCUUUCUAUUUUUGAAGAAAAGGUAGAAGAGUACUAUUCUGAUGAGCUCAAUGCCAUGAACUCGGCCUCUCCUGAUGGCUCAGGAUCCAUCGAAAUCGAAAGUAAAGAACCCGUCACAACAGAGUCGAAGAAAGAGAUUUCAAUUGAAGAGGAACUUCAGCAAGAGUUGGAAGGACUAAAAAACCAUAAAACUACCAUAGUCGAUACCAAAAAAAACAAACCAAUAUUGGAGCAGCUCGACCUUCAGACUGAGUGUCUAGUCUUUGUGAAGACCCGAAAACCGAUUGUUCCAGAAAAGUUUGUUCAUAGAAUCAUCAGAGAUCUAGCCGAUCCACAUGACUUGAGGAAAAGAACAAGAUUUGUGCAGAAACUAACACCAAUUACCGAUUCAUGUCAUGCCAGUAUGGAAGAAUUGGCAAAACUUUGUGAACGAGUACUACCACAGCACUUCCACAAAGAGGAGAUGGUGCCAGUAAAAUUUGCAGUAGAGAUCAACAAACGAAACUUUAGUACUAUGGAUAAAAUGGAAAUGAUUAAAUAUAUUGCUGGAUUCGUAGGAAAGCAAGGUUCAUUAGAACAUAAAGUUGAUUUGAAGAAUUAUGAUAAGCUUGUGCUGUUGCAAUGCUUUAAAAACAACAUCGGAAUGUGUGUUGUAGAUAAAGAUUAUCGGACUGAUUACAAGAAAUAUAACGUUCAGGAAUUGUUCGAAAUGAAGCAUAAAAAUAAAGAAACUACUCCUACUACUGCAGAGUCUGCCCCGGCUUCUACCCAAAGCAAUACUAGCAAAUAG